UUAAUUAACAUAGAUUUUCUCUCGAUUUUUCAAAUGUUAAAGAGAUUUUAUUUAGUUAAAAUUGUCUAUACUCUAAGCAUUGGAGUUUAAAGUUGACUGUUUAAUAAUAUUUUAAAAUAUUUAAACAAUUUGAAAAUAAUAUUGAAUUAAAAUUCAACCUUGUAUAAUAUAUUAAUAAGUAUAUACCUUAAAAUUUAUAUUAUUAAAAAUAUAACAAAAUUUUUCUUACAGAAGUAUGAACAUUAUACGUAUCUUAGGAAAUGUUACAUUGGCCUGCUGUAGUGCAUCAUUGUCAACUAUUUUAUACAAUUACUUCCACAAAGAAGAAACAGAAGUACUAUUUUUCUACGGAAUCGUGCCAAUUUGUAAUCUUCAUCACAAUAUACCAACUAUAACACUCCCAAUCCAAAACAAUGAGUGUUUUGAGUGCAAAGUAAACAUAAUUAUUGGAUACCUUAAUAAAGCAAAAACUACUUUGGACAUCUGCAUGUAUAUGUUAAAUCAUGAAUUAUUAGCAAAUGCAAUUAUUGGUGCUUAUAAACGCGGAGUUAAUGUUAGGUUAAUUCUAAAUGAAGAUAAUUCAAAAUCCACAUGGAAAAUUGGUAAUAUUGGUAUUUUAAAAAAAAUUAAGAAAGAUAAGCAUAAGGAGUAUUUAAUGCACCACAAGUUUGUUAUUAUUGAUAACAAAAAAGUGAUCUUGGGCUCUAUGAAUUGGACUCAAAUAUCAGUUAGAGCAAAUUUUGAAAAUGUAUUUAUUACAAACAAUAAUGAAUUGGUUUAUUCUUUCAGCCAAGAAUUCCAAAGGUUAUGGAAACAAUUUAAUUAGUUUUAGAACUGUUUCAUUAUAAAUUGUAAUGUAUAAAAUGUAAAAUUUGCUAUUUUAAGAAAUAUGUAAUACAGUUGCAUUAUAUAUAUUUUAACUUUUAA